UGAGUCAAUGCGGUUCAGAAGAAUUUCUGAAAGAAAUGUCUGGGAUAAUAAUACCAUCCAUUAUCCCUACAGAAAUUUCUAUACUGUAGGCAGCGCAGUUGGGUGGAAAUGGUUGGAUCUGAAACUCUGAGCACAUAAGAUUUGCUAAUGUGCUAUGUUGGUUGACCAGUUCCAGGUUUGUGCAGAAUCAAUGGGGUGGAUGGAGCUGCUGAAGCCAGUGGCGGCCAUGAUCGCCUUCGACACGCUCUUUGCCGUGAUGACAGUGCUGGUGAAGAAGGCACUCGAUGGCGGCCUGAACCCUGUCGUUCUUAUCGCUCUGCGGCAGCUUGUUGGGGCGGCUUUUCUUGCCCCAAUUGCAUACUUCAAAGAAAGGAAUGUAAGGCCAAGAUUCACAAAGGAGAUCUUUGCCUACUUGUUCAUGAGUGCGCUACUUGGGGCACUAUUCGCUCAGUAUCUGUUUUUCUUGGGCUUGAGCUAUACCACUGCUACACUGGCUGCAACCGUCUCCAAUAUGACCCCAGUCUUCACAUUCUUGAUCGCCAUCCCUCUCCGGUCAGAAACAGUAGAUGUGAGGAGCAAGGCUGGUCUGGCGAAGAUUGCAGGAACACUAGCAUCUGUCGGUGGCGCGAUACUGCUGAGCCUGUACAAGGGUGCUGCCCUGACUCACGCAUCAUCCUCGGCCCAAGAACACGCUGGAAAUGGCACAACGGGCACCAGUGGCAGCAAGGGGAGAUGGUUGCUGGGCUCUGCGUUACUGCUGCUGAACUGCAUCACCUUCUCAUUAUGGAUGCUGCUGCAAGGGAAGCUCACCAAGAAGUACCCUGCAGUCAUCUCCAGCACCGCGUUCAUGGCCUUGUUCAGCUCACUGCAAGCAGGGGCACUGGCAGUCACCACCCAAAGGCGCCUCUCAGUUUGGCUGCUCCGAGGAAGUAUACAGAUUGCAACAGUUCUUUUCGCGGGAGUGGGAGUAUCGGGGAUAGGGUAUGUGCUUAUGACCUGGUGCAUCGAGAAAAGAGGGCCGGUAUUCACUGCAGGCUUCUUGCCUCUCAUUCAGAUCAUUGCUGGAGUCCUUGAUCUCCUCGUCCUUCAUGAACAGCUUUACGUGGGAAGGAGCACGAGGCCCAAGCUCACACUGGAGAUCCUGACGUACCUCUUCUUCAGCGCCGUGUUUGGCGCGGCGCUCUCGCAGUACACCUUCUUCUACGGCCUGCAGUACACCACCGCCACCUUCGCCAUAACCUUCAUCAACCUCUCUCCUGUGCUCACCUUCCUCAUCGCCGUUGUGCUGAGGAUGGAACCGCUGAAGCUGAAGAGCAUGGCGGGAGCCGCAAAGAUCGUCGGAACGCUCACAUCGCUGGCCGGCUUGCUGCUGCUGAGUCUCUACAAGGGCGUGCCUCUGACGCACCAGGCCACCACCGCACAUGGCCCGGCUGCUCACCACGCAGCAGCAGCCUCCAACGGCAGUGGCAACAGGAGCUGGAUGCUGGGCACCGUGGCUUUGCUCUUCAACUGCCUGUGCUUCUCCUUCUGGCUGCUGCUGCAGACAAAGCUGACCAAGAAGUACCCGGCCAUCUACUCCAACACUGCCAUCAUGUUCUUCAUCAGCACGCUGCAGGGCGGGGCGGUGACGUUGGCGAUGGAGAGACACGUGUCGCUGUGGAUGCUGACCAGCAAGCUGGAGAUCAUUACCGUCUUGUAUGCAGGUAUAGUCGGAUCUGGAGCUGGGUACCUGAUAAUGACUUGGUGCGUGGAGAAGAAAGGUCCAGUCUUCACCGCGGCCUUCAUCCCCAUGAUCCAGAUCAUGGUAGCCACCAUCGAUUUCUUCUUCCUCCAUGAGCAAAUCUACCUUGGAAGCGUGCUAGGAUCCGUGCUGAUGAUACUGGGGCUCUAUCUUGUGCUGUGGGGAAAGAAGAGGGAUGCAGCAUCUGUAGCUUGUACCACAACCACUAACAAGCAAGUCGAAGAACAAGCUGACGACAAGCCGUGAAACUGUAGAGAGAUUACACCCUUGGAAUCGGCUAUCGCAAUGAAAAUGAAACAGAUAAUAUCUAGUUUUUCUUCCGAUUUUAUAUACGUUAUACAUAUACAAGGUUGUUUCUAGCU